AUGAUAUCAGACUUACUACUCGCUCUUUCGGGAAUUCCGGGCGAUAUCAUCGUCCACGAGUCCUACACAUCACCCACAACGCCGGACCGGUUUAUCAUCAGCUCGAGAGCGAUGGAAAUGGACAUCGUUCUGCCAUUUGAGAGAGAUUUGGUGGAAAAACGACUCUUACCACUCGCGUUUGCGGUGAAGGUUUUGAAAGAGUUCGCAGAACGAGAGGAUGCGAAAAGAAGGAUGAGAAGUAGUGAUGAUGAUACUAACGGUGUGAGUAUUCAGUCGGAGCAUCAUUUGUGCGCGUACCGGCGCGGAUUACUCUCCGGCAUAGACCAAGCGGUGUUACAACCGUACGAGGAGCGGUUGCUCCUGUUGGAGCAGAAAAUACUGAAAGGCCAAAUCGAACCGAACGCGAACGCGAUCGAGGAAUUUUUAGGCGAGUUUACAGUUUCUGUUAUAGGUACGAUGGAUGCGUUGAAGAAGAUAAUCGAGGAGGAAGAAGAGGAUGGAUUUUACGGCGCGAAACUUUUGGACGAACUCGCGUUUCGGUAUCGCCAGUGCGGGAGUUUCGAGACGAAGCGAGCGUUGAGAAUUUUGAGGAGGUUUGCGAUGCGAGCGUUUUAUGGGCACUGUUUCGUGUGGCUGGCGUUUGGGACAGUGGCAGAGGAGCAGCAGAUUCGGAGGGAUUUUGGUGGACGACGACGACGGGAAGUAAACAAUAAAGGGUCGUUUUUUAUCGGCGCCGUGAGAGAGGAAGACGUGAUGACGCAAAGGCUGGAGAGGCUCGAAAUGAACGAAGAAGAAGAAAAAUAUGAUGAUGAUGAUGAAAAAGAAGACUCGAUGAUGAGGAACGCAGACGAAGAAUAUCAAAUCAGGUACUUUCAAGACGACGAUUACUUGGAGAAUGCGAAAAUAUUACCAACCGAUGGCGGCGCUUCGGCUUGGCGCGACGCUUUCGCGGUCAAAAUCGAGCAAACACCGAAACGCAUGUCCGCGAGCGACGCCGAGGCGGUACAUUUCGUAGGGAGGUGCGUGAGAGCGUUACGGUUACAUCGAAGAGCGCUCGAAUUGCGAAGACGUAAGAAGUUUGGGAGCAUUAAGGAGACGAACGCGAAAAAAGCAGACAUCGAUGCUUUCCUAGAGGAACACGCGAGAGAAACCGGGAAGGAGAUUGAAUCGCUCGUGUUAGGUAUUCGUGAUGAUGAAUCCAAAAACACAGAGAAGAAUGAAGCCGCAAAAAACGACGGCGAGGACGAUUUCGACGAUUUUACCUCUCUCGCUGUUGUCGUGAACAAAGCGAAACGAAGAGUUUCCAAGAAACUCGGCGAAGUCAUCGAUUCAGAAACCUACGACGUGAACGACAAAUCCGCCUCGUCGUCGUUCGUAACGGAAACGUUCGCGUCUUUGCGAAACUUCUUUCUGUUACAAAGAGGUGACAUCUUUUCCUCGCUUUUGGACGACGAAGAUUCAAUCUUUAUCGUAUCCGGGAGCGAAAGGAGUGGUAUGAAAUCAGCGAAGAAACGCAUUGAAUCGGCGUGGGAAGAUGCCGUCGCCGAUAACAAGUACGACGGCGCGAGCGAACGAUUUUCACUUAAACGAGGCGACAAAAAAUAUUUUUCGGAAACAAAUGCUGUGAGUUCGUGCGAUGGAUUUGACGAUGUCUACAUGUCCUACGAGAGGACAUGGCCCGUAGGUUUACUCGUAACGGACUUUGCGCUCGAGAAAUACGGUACGAUUUUCAAGUCUUUGUUUCGAUUGCGUCGAGCGAGAUCCGCGUUGUCGCGAGUUUGGCAGAAUAUCAGCCGACACAAUCGAUCGAGUGUGACGGCUUUACAAAUGAGCAACAAUACCGGUACUGGUUUUGAAACCGACGCAAACGGCGUUAUUCUUCGCUCGCGAACGGCGAUUGAUUUUGCAUUACGAAACUGGGAACAGUACGCGAGCGAGGACGUCAUCGCUCACCGAUGGUCGUCGUUCGCGCAAUCCAUGACGUCGAGUGCAGGAGACGGCACUGCCGUUGACUUCGAGAAAGCGACCAAGGCACACAGAGAAUUUAUUGUGAGCGUAUCGCGCGAACUUUUCGUGAAAGAUGGGAGUAUGGUUAGGAAAAAGAAGAAAGACGCGAGCGACGUCGAGAAAGCAGUGGCGGAGAUUUCAAAUUUAGCCUUUACGUUGGAACUUCUCAGUCGAGAAUACAGAGAUAUUAACGAUAAAGAAAUUGAGGAAGAAACGAGCGAUGAACAAAAAUUAGUGCACCGCACUUCUCUGCUCGGCAUUGCGAAGCGAGAUUUUAGGGGUCUCGGAUGUCGCUUUGCACGAUAA